AUGGCGGAAACGGAGGGUGAACUUGAUGCCGUUGCUGUAGUUCAUUCUUAUGAGGAUGACAUGCCUGCAGGAUCUCAUAAGACAAGGCUAACUGCUCUGAAUGUUCCUCCUAUGGGUUUGUUCCACCCAACACUUUUGAUUUCUGAUUUAUAUCCUCCUCCACCCCGUGCUUGCUUUCAUGACUAUGAAGAUAUGCUGGAAGAAACAUGGCAUAUAGAAUUCCCAAGAAGAUCUGGCAUGCCAGAUGGUAUUUAUCCUAGCAAUAAAGCUGGUUUACAAAUGUGGGAUAACUAUCCAUUUUUUCCAAUGAAACCUAAGAAAGAAGAGACGGUUGGCCUAGCGGAAGCCAUAACCAGUAGCAUUCUUUCAACUGGUCGCAUAGACUUUCAAAGAAAAUUGUUUUGUAGCAUACAAUUGAUUGGUGGAGUGGCUUUAAUAGGUGGGUUCAUUCCUGCUGUGGAUGAAAGGUCGGUUUCUCUUUCUUCCCCCUUUCUCUUCAUCCUACUUUGGGCAUAGAGCAGUUAAUAUAUGCAGUGAUGGCAUGUUCGAUAAAAAAUAAGAAUCAGAUUUAGUUGGUUUAUUUGAACCCUAAAUCAUAAAGUAUAAGUCUUGAAGAGUACUUGGGCUAGGUCAAAUACCCUAGUUCUAUAUUGGCACUGUUGACUAAGAACGCAUUAAGUGCAUCGACUAAGUGGUAAUAAUGCUUCUAGAUUACGUUGUGUUUCAUAUUUCGUUGCAUACUAUCUUCAUGGAAACUUUAGUUUAAGAAUCUUUUAUCUGUUUUUCGUUUAAAUCAUCUCAAGAGUUUUUAGAAUAAUUUAAAU